CAGUACGGGACCAAAAGAAGACUGCUGGAAGCCCCUGCAUCAUGAGUUCUGAAAAAACUGGACAAACUAUAACUGCGAAAACAGAAGAAGCAGCAUCAGCUGCUGCUACUGAUCCAACUGCAGUGAAAGCGGCGUGGAAGUGCCCCCUGAGUGAUCAUCACAUUCAUAGAGAUGAUGUGCGAAAGGUUUGGAAAGAAUGCCAAGAGGAAAGCUUCUGGCACAGAGCUCUUCCCUUCUCUCUGGGUGCCAUGGCUGUCACUGGUGGUCUGAUCUACAAUGGUAUUUGGAAAUCAUCAAAGCGAUUUGGUCCCUUUCCAAAACUAGCAGUUGCUGGGAUCCUUGGUUAUGCAGUGGGGAAAGCAUCUUAUGUUGGAACUUGUCGGCGCAAGUUCCAGGAGCUUGGCCUUGGGGAUGGACCAGGAUAUGGACCCUGGUCUAAGGGAGGUCGCUUGGGACCUAUCAGUAACUCUGGUCCUGGACACAGAAACACUGAAGGACUCACCGUCAGCAUGGCUCUGUCAGUAGCAGCUUCACCGUUUCUCAUCAUAAAUAUUGCAUAUAUUUGAGCAAAUCCUCUUCAUCUUUUCUGAUAUACUGCACCUCAUAUUCGUUCAUGUCAAACCAUGUACAAAGUGCCACUAGGGGGAGCUACUAUCCUUUCAAUCAUAGAUCUUCUGUUAUGUAUUUCCUUUGGUUCAAUUACCAGCUGCAAUAUACUUUCGCAAAAAACCCCAAAAGUAUAGAAAAAAACAAGUAGUCUGUUUUGAUUACAAUGGCAGUUCUUUGCAAAGUUUACCAAUGAGCAAUUUGGGCCAUUUUUUAAGAAUCAGCAAACAGAAACUCAAUUACAUAUGAAGAACCAACAUACAUAAAUGUUAAUGUCAUUACAGUUUGUUUUUUGUUUUUUUAAAUAAUUGCAAUCAUUCCAUGUAUGCAAAUAUUUUUUUAUUUUGACUGAAAAAAAUCAACAGCAUAUUGGACACAAAUCUAAUCUCUAAUGUGCAAAUGACAGUACAUUGCACAUAGAGUGAACUCUUAGCAGAGUUUCAGCUGUUUGAGUGAUGGAAACUUUACUCUUUAUACUGUUUUUAUGUUUCAUGUCCUCUUAGAGGAAAAGCUUCUUUUCUGUGUCUAAAUAUCCAUAUGAGACAAUUAAACAUGCAGGUUUAUUAGCUCUAAAAAUAUUGUCAUACUGAAUAAACAGUUUACAACAACACAAGUUACAUCUGGUACUGUAUGUACAAAAUAUGUAGGACAAACUUCCACAUGUGGUACAUACACAU